AUGUCUCGGUCGUUCUACGUUGAUUCUCUUAUUGUGAAGAAGCCAGCGGUAACUUCACCUCUUUCUGUAAGUGAAUCGAUUGUGACGUCACAUGCCUCGAACUUACAUAUGUCCAGUGGACUCCACGCAGUCCACCACCGUCAUACUUCACAUCAUCAAUUGCAUCACCAAGCUGACCACGCCUUAACGUGUUACCCUCGCCACCCCGCGGACAUUCUCAGCUACUGUUGUCCUCUCUGUGUCCACACCCCUACGUCCCUGAUAGCCGAGGGAAGUGCUACCCCUCAUUCUAAACAUGACAUUGUAACCAGUCCAAGUGGACACACCCUACACCCAGGAGGCUACAGUCUCUCCAGAUAUCACCACCAGCCUUUCCAGGUGAAACAGCAGCAGCCGUCCUCUCCUCUGAGGAGUCCUGUUCAACCACAGACGGAAACUCUUAAAAGAAAUAGAUUAUCAAGUAUAGGCGUAACGAGCUCCACGGAGGACCUCAACAGUAGCAGUAAAAGGAUCCGGACAGCUUUCACCAGUACACAACUUCUAGAACUGGAAAGAGAGUUCUCCUCAAGCAUGUACUUGUCCCGACUCCGUCGUAUCGAGAUCGCCACAUACCUCAAUCUAUCAGAGAAACAGGUGAAAAUUUGGUUUCAAAACCGCCGUGUAAAAUACAAAAAAGAGGGCGUACCAGAUGCACGCGAAUCCUGCCGAUGUUUGCGCACAUGUACACAAAGAAACGAUAGGCGGCGAACUUCCGACAAAUACGAUUGUACCGAGGAUUCGGAAUUUAUCGACAGUCCGGAAGAUUGUAAGAAAUUAGACACGCCAUUGAUAACAGACCAAAGUGAUGGAGACUAUGAGAUUGAAUGA